AUGUUCAGCGACAACGCAACCAACUUCGUCGGCGCCAAUCGCAAGCUGCGCGAGCUGAAAGAGGCGUUUCUGGCCCAGGCAACGGAGCUGAAGGGAUUCGCCGCAGACGAAGGGUUCAGCUUCACCUUUAUACCACCGCGGGCACCGCACUUCGGCGGAUUAUGGGAGGCCGCGGUGAAGUCCGCCAAACAUCUUAUCGUUCGCGCAAUCGGCAACGUGCUCCUCACGGUAGAGGAGCUAUCAACACUGCUGGCCGAAGUGGAAGCAAUCCUCAAUUCUCGGCCCCUAACACCUCUGAACCAGGACCCCAACGACGGCGAAGCGUUAACUCCGGCGCAUCUCUUAAUAGGGUGCUCCCUGCGAUCACUCCCACUAGCACAGGAGCGCACCAAAUGGUUACACCCGAAACGGAAUCUGCAGCCCGGCGAUCUCGUCCUCGUACACGAAGACAACACACCACCGCAGCAGAAGGGCAAGACGGCAAGGUGCGAGUCGCAGGCAUAA